AUGGCUGUUGGAAAGAACAAGCGCCUCUCCAAGGGCAAGAAGGGCAUCAAGAAGCGCACUGUCGACCCCUUCACCCGUAAGGAUGAGUACUCCGUGAAGGCCCCCUCCACCUUCCAGACCCGCGAUGUCGGCAAGACUCUGGUCAACCGUACCAGCGGUCUCAAGAACGCCAACGACUCCCUCAAGGGCCGUAUCUUCGAGGUCUCCCUCGCGGAUCUGCAGAACGAUGAGGACCACGCUUUCCGCAAGGUCAAGCUCCGUGUGGACGAGAUCCAGGGCAAGAACUGUCUUACCAACUUCCACGGCUUGGACUUCACCACCGACAAGCUGCGCUCGCUGGUCCGCAAGUGGCAGUCUCUCAUUGAGGCCAACGUCACCGUGAAGACUACCGAUGACUACCUCCUCCGUCUGUUCGCCAUCGCCUUCACCAAGAGACGCCCCAACCAGAUCAAGAAGACCACCUACGCCCGCUCGUCUCAAAUCCGUGCGAUCCGCAAGAAGAUGACCGAGAUUAUUCAGCGCGAGGCCGCCAGCUGCACUCUGUCUCAGCUCACCCACAAGCUCAUCCCCGAGGUCAUUGGUCGUGAGAUCGAGAAGUCCACCCAGGGCAUCUACCCCCUGCAGAAUGUUCACAUUCGCAAGGUCAAGCUCCUGAAGUCCCCCAAGUUUGACCUGGGUGCUCUCCUCGCCCUCCACGGCGAGUCGGCCACUGAUGACAAGGGCCAGAAGGUUGAGCGGGAGUUCAAGGACACGGUCCUCGAAUCUGUUUAA